AUGGCACCCGCACCGCGCGGACUGGCGCCUCCCCCUUCGUCAUGGUCUGAUCUCGACGACGACGACGGCUGGCAGGAUCACGAGUCCAUGAACAGAGGCAGAGGCAGGAUCGGGAGCUUGCUGCGUCUCGCUUGCUUCCGCUUGCUUCCGCUCGCUGUCGCUCGCUUAUCGCCCGCGCUGACAUCAGACAUGCCGGUCGUGCGGUCGAACGACUUCACGAGCGAGUUCGACGCGAUCGACGACAAGCGCUACGGGUACCGGCCCGAGCGCCUCGAUGAUGGCGAGGACAAGACGCAGUCGAAUGCGACGGGACAGCACCUUGAGCUCGGGGUCGACACGCUUGCCUCAGAGAGCUGGCGCGAGAAGGGCAACUCGAUCGACGAGAGCGACUACACCCGUCUCCGGCUGGAAGAAGACGAGGAGUCCGAGGAAGUCCACAUGCGUACCCGAUACCUCUUUGACGAUAACCAGGCCAUGACGCCCCUGUCCCAGAUGCAGGCCACCAAGGACCUGCUGACGGAGGGUCAGCGUAUUGCCUACGUUGGCCUGUGCCAGCUCAUCAUGGGGCGUAUGAUCAAGGACAUGUCCCGCGGCUGGGAGGGGUAUAAGAUGAAGCAGCGCAACUUGCUCAAAGGCAAGGCGCGCGAGACCGAUGUGCCCGUCGUUGAGAGCGGGAAGAUCUGGAUGAUCAAGAUCAUGGCCCGGCUGUUCCAACACAUGGACGUCGAGCGAGAGGGUGAGUUGGCCGAGGCUACAUCAACUGACAGCACAGAGCAGCACAUGAUCGAGUCGCUGCAGGAGCACGGCGUCGACCCCGCCGACCUCGUCCCGGCACUUAUGACGACGCACACGGUCAAGAAUCCAGACUACGACCCCGAGGCGAGGAGACAGCGCGACAUCGAGGAGGCCGAGGAGGCCGAGCGCCAGGCCGUCGCGCGGAAAGAGGCCGAGGAAGAGGAGGCGCGCAAGGCCGAGGAGAACCACGACGACAUGCGGUCCGAGAGUGACGACAUUGCCCACGACCCGGCACCUCCAUAUGCGGAGGUCGAUCCUUCGCCUUCAACACCCCCCACCGUUCCGCCAAACCUGUUCUCGUCGUCGGGCAAUCCGUUUGACGACGGCGACAUGGGCGACAUGGGAGAUAUCGGAGACAUUGGAGGAUCACCCGGCGACGCGCCGCCGCCACCACCGCCGAAAGAGGACGCUGGUGAUAUCGGCGGCGACAUCGGGCGGAGUAGCCUCGACUCGCCGGCGCCGCCAGAGAAGGCACCGCCGUCACCCGACGUCAACAAGACGCCGAAGCUCAGUAGCGGCGAGAUGCUGUCUCCGGAUCUCAGCAAGACGCCGAAGAGCGGCGGAGUCAGCGACGAGGGCACCCCGAGGGGCGUCCACACGCAGCUCCCCGGCGACGCCAAGCUGCCGGGAGACGUGCAGGCGGUCGAGCCACUGAAGCAAGGCACUGAGCACAUGCCCUCUCUGCCUGGCGUCUCGACCACGAUGUCGACAGCAGACGAGAACAUUACACUAGACAUCCGAUGGACAGUGCUCUGCGACCUGUUCCUCGUGCUCGUCGCCGAUUCGCUGUACGAUGCACGAUCACGGGCGUUCCUGGAGCGCGUCGCGAAUGCCCUUGGGUUCGGCUGGAUGGACAUUGUGCGCUUCGAGAACCGUGUCACGGAGGCGCUCGAGCUCGAGGAGAGCGUCGGCCAGCUCGAGCAGGACGACGUCAUUGACUCGCGAGCAAAGACCGCCAAGCGCAAGCGUUACGCGCUCAUGGGUCUCGCCGCUGUCGGUGGUGGUCUCGUGAUCGGUCUCUCUGCCGGUCUGCUGGCACCCGUCAUCGGCGCUGGUCUCGGUGCCGCUCUGGGUACGAUUGGUAUCACGGGUACGACGGGUUUCCUCGCCGGUGCUGGUGGCGCGGCCAUCAUCACGACGACCGGAGUCGUCACUGGCGCGAACAUUGCCGGACGCGGCAUGGCGCGAAGAACGCGCGAGGUGCGGACGUUCGAGUUCAAGCCGCUGCACAACAACAAGCGCGUAUCUUGCUACAUCACCGUCGGAGGCUUCAUGGCGAGUAAGGUGGACGACGUGAGGCUACCGUUCUCAGUCCUCGACUCUGCGGUCGGGGACGUGUUUUCUGUAUUGUGGGAACCCGAGAUGAUGAGCGAGAUGGGAGGCGCACUCAAGAUUAUCGGCACAGAAGUGCUGACCCAGGUCUCGCAGCAGGUGCUGCAGGCGACGAUCAUGACAGCGCUCAUGAGCGCGCUGCAGUGGCCCCUGCUCCUGACCAAACUGGGAUAUCUCAUCGACAACCCCUGGGCAAACGCCCUCGACCGAUCCAGAGCGGCCGGACUGGUCCUCGCCGACGCGCUCAUAGCACGACACGCCGGUAUCCGACCCACGUCGCUGAUUGGAUUCUCCCUCGGCUCCCGCGUCAUCUUUUAUGCGCUGCUUGAGCUGCAUCGUCAGAAGGCGUACGGUAUCGUCCAGGACGUGUAUAUCUUUGGCAGCACCGUCACGGCCAACCGCCAGACGUGGCUCGAGGCGCGCAGCGUCGUGGCUGGCCGCUUCGUCAACGGCUACGCGACCAACGACUGGGUCCUCGGCUACCUCUUCCGUGCGACUACUGGUGGUCUGAACACUGUUGCCGGCCUGCGUCCCGUCGAGAUGGUGCCGGGACUCGAGAACCUCGACGUCACGGACUGCAUUACCGGACACAUGAGCUACCGCUCGUCCAUGCCGCAGCUUCUUAUCAAGGCGGGCUUCCCCUGCACUUCUGACGAGUUUGACGAGCCAGAUGUGAGUUUACUUGAAUUCACUGGAAGUCGAACUGACAACCAGGACCCCGAGGUGGACAUGUCGGUCAACGAGCGUAUCACCGAGGAGGAGGAAGAGGCUCGACGGAAGAAGAAGAUUCUCGGCAUCUUCCCGCGCCGGAAGAAAAAGACGAAGCGACGCGGCUCGGACGACAGUGGUAGUACCAUGUCGGGCACCGCGUCGGGGCGUGUCAGCAGCACGUACAACGACAUUGACGAGGAUGACAUGCUGCCGCCGCGCGAGGAGCAUCCCGCCGACAACACGGGCGGCAACACCGGCGCCGGCUCCGAGGAGCCGGAGGAGGCGGACCUUGGCGAGCGUCCGAGCCAGGCCGACAUUGAAGCGGCCGAGGCCGCCGCCGCAGCGGAGAAGGAGGCUAUCAGCCGCAUUCCCGCGACAGCCGGAUUCGACUUUGCUGCCAUCUCGCGCGAGCUCGGCAAGGAGGUCGACCCGGACAAGCCUGUCGGUGCGACGAGCCCGCGUCCUGUUCCGGCGGUGCGCUUACCCUCGCCACUGAACCGAACGGGCUCCGCGCCUCCUCCGCUCCCGCCGACGCCGGACGAGCAGCCCACCCCGCCAGCGCCACAGCGGAGCAACUCGGCCUUCGAUGGGCGGGACAGUUCCGCCCUCGGCCUACCAGUCGACGACGACGGCGACAUUGCCAUCACGGCGCAGAAGCUCUCAGUGCAGGACGCAUGGGACCGGCCGGCGUGGCCCGAAUCGAGCCCAAACCUCGCCGCGAGCCCCGCGCGUGCGCCGAGUCCCCCGCCAAAGGGCUUGUUCGGGUUCAACGCGUGGGCAUCGAGCACGUCGCCGAGCGGCUCCCACUCGCCCCUCCCGCCCUCCGGCUCGUACGACAUGGACGGCAAGCUCAUGGCGCCGCCUGCGCGUCCCCAUCCCGCCGAGUUCACAAACCCCUUCGCGAGCAGCGGCAUGGGCGCCCUUGGCCCCAGUCCUAUUGGCGAGCCAGCCCACGCCGCGGGGUGGAACAAGCGCGCCGCAGACGACGAGAAGAUGGCACUGGAGAACCCGUGGUAG